UGCGGGCGCCCGUGACUUUCCCGUGCCCAGGAAGGCCCCUCAAUGCAUUGUACGUUUGGCAUCACCUGAGGCCCGUCGUUCCCCUCCGCUUCAGACAUGACCACCCCGGCUCUUCUCCCCCUCUCCGGGCGCAGGAUCCCAGCGCUCAACCUCGGGGCCUCCUCUAUCCCCCAUCACCGUGCCACCCUGAGGCUCUCCGAGAAGUUCAUCCUGCUCCUCAUCCUCAGUGCCUUCAUCACGCUGUGUUUCGGGGCUUUCUUCUUCCUCCCGGACUCGUCCAAACACAAACGCUUCGACCUGGGCCUUGAGGACGUGCUGAUACCCCAUAUAGACUCCGAUAAAGGAGACAAGAUCACUGGCAACUUUCUUAUCCACGGCCAGGGCCACGACGGGCAUCGGCACAGGGAGGACGAGGAGCAGCUGCGGAACAAGAUCCGCGCGGACCAUGAGCGCGCCCUCCAGGAGGCCAAAGAGAAGCUGAAGAAGUCCCGGGCAGAGAUCAGGGCCGAGAUCCAGACGGAGAAGAACAAGCUGAUGGAAGAGAUGAAGAAGAAAGAUAAUCCGCCCUUACCGCUGGCGCCCGUCCCCAACCUCCCUGAGCUGAAGAGCGGAGACCCUGGGGACCCUGAGAUCCGAGAGAAACGGGACAAAAUCAAGGAGAUGAUGAAACAUGCCUGGGAUAAUUAUCGGCAGUAUGGCUGGGGCCACAAUGAGCUCAAGCCCAUCGCACGGAAGGGCCAUUCCACAAAUAUCUUCGGUAACUCACAGAUGGGGGCCACCAUAGUGGAUGCCCUGGACACCCUCUACAUCAUGGGCCUCAUAGAUGAAUUCCGGGAUGGACAAGAGUGGGUGCAGAACAAUCUGGAUUUCGGUGUGAAUUCAGAGGUGUCCGUAUUUGAAGUGAACAUUCGAUUCAUCGGUGGCUUGCUGGCUGCGUACUACCUGUCCGGACAAGAGGUCUUUAAAACCAAGGCCGUCAUGCUGGCCGAGAAGCUGCUGCCGGCUUUCAACACACCAACAGGAAUCCCCUGGGCCAUGGUCAAUCUGAAGAGUGGUGUCGGCAGGAACUGGGGAUGGGCAUCGGCUGGCAGCAGUAUCCUGGCGGAAUUCGGGACUCUCCAUCUGGAGUUUGUACACCUCACUUAUCUAACAGGGAACACUGUGUACUACAACAAGGUCAUGCACAUCAGAAAACUCCUGCAGAAGAUGGACCGUCCUAACGGACUUUACCCAAACUACUUAAACCCCAGGACCGGGCGAUGGGGGCAACACCACACCUCUGUUGGCGGAUUGGGAGACAGCUUUUAUGAGUAUCUCCUGAAGGCCUGGCUGGUGUCUGACAAGACGGACACGGACGCGCGCAGCAUGUAUGACAAUGCCAUCGAAGCUAUCGAGAAGCAUCUCGUCCGCAAGUCGAAUGGCGGACUGACCUUCAUAGGCGAGUGGAAGAACGGUCACCUGGAAAGGAAGAUGGGUCACCUGACCUGUUUCGCGGGCGGCAUGUUCGCACUGGGUGCAGACGGGUCGCCGGAGGACAAGGCCGGACACUACCUUCAGCUGGGGGCGGAGAUCGCUCACACGUGUCACGAGUCAUAUGACAGAACAGUGUUGAAGUUGGGUCCGGAAGCCUUUAAAUUCGAAGGUGGCGCGGAAGCUGUGGCCGUGCGACAGAAUGAGAAAUAUUAUAUCCUGCGUCCAGAGGUCAUAGAAACGUACUGGUACAUGUGGCGCUUCACCCACGACCCCAAAUACCGCGCCUGGGGCUGGGAGGCCGCGCAGGCCAUUGAGAAGUACUGCCGGGUCAGUGGUGGAUUCUCGGGCGUGAAGGACGUCUACUCCUCAUCACCAGCCUACGAUGAUGUCCAGCAGAGCUUCUUCCUCGCUGAGACACUAAAGUACCUGUACCUUCUCUUCUCCAGCGACGACCUUCUGCCAUUGGACAACUGGGUCUUCAACACAGAAGCGCAUCCAUUACCGGUCAUCCACCUGGCCAAUAGCACGCUGCCUGGGAGCCACGUGGCACGAUAGGACCACUUAAACUGGGACCACAUCAGACUUGAUGGGGCUUUUCCCCUUCCGGCAGACCUCUAUUAAAUGACUGGGGCGACCCUCCUGUCCCCAGACACAAUUCCAUUUUAUUUCAUUAAUUUUUUUUCGCCAGCGUCCGACCCGAAAUGUUGGAAGGAGGCGCUUCACCGACCAAACUGCUCUGCUUAAUUAGGCUGCUAUUGCAGGGGGGGGUUCAGGGCCAAACAGAAGGGGCUGGGGCUGUCACAGGCCAUUUUGUCAUUUAGUUUUUGGUUUAAGAAGUCACACAUUUUUCUGGCACUUUUUGGCAGAUUUUGCGCGGUGUAACGAGCAUUUGGAACGUGCGGGCAGGAAAGACAUUGCCAAAGUUUUCUUCACAAAUCCAGUAACUGGAGCCCAGCUCCCCUCGUGUGGAAGAGAAUUGAGCAGCGAGGCUUAUCGCU